GCGUGCCAAGCCGGGUGGAUUCACCCCCGCGAGCUGCGGGGCGCCCGCGCUCCUCUGCAGGGCUGGGGCGGGCGGCGCUCCCCGCUCCCGCCCCCCCCGCUCCCGCAGUGGUGCGGCCCGGAGGUUAGCGGAAGCGGCCGCUCGGCGCUGCCAUGUUGAGCCGCCGCCGCCGCCGCCGCUUUGUUGUCGGCUCCAUGUAGCUGGGGCCCGGGGGAGGGAGGGGGGAUCGAGCCGGAGUCGCCGCCGCCGACCAGGCCGCCGAGGCCCGGGAAGUCCCCGCCAUGGAGGCCAACUGGACCGCGUUCCUCUUCCAGGCACAUGAAGCCUCACAUCACCAACAGCAGGCAGCACAGAACAGUUUGCUGCCCCUCCUGAGCUCCGCUGUUGAGCCACCCGAUCAGAAGCCGAUUCUACCCUUACCAAUAACCCAGAAACCUCAGCCUGCACCAGAAACAUUAAAAGAUGCUAUUGUUGGGAUUAAAAAGGAAAAACCUAAAACCUCCUUUGUAUGCACCUACUGCAGCAAAGCUUUCAGGGACAGCUACCAUUUGAGGCGCCACGAGUCCUGCCACACAGGGAUAAAGUUAGUGUCACGGCCAAAGAAAACUCCCACCACAAUGGUGCCCCUAAUCUCCACUAUUGCUGGCGACAACAGCCGAACUUCAUUGGUUUCAACUAUCGCAGGCAUCCUGUCAACGGUCACUACAUCUUCCUCUGCCACCAACCCCAGCAGUAGUGCUGGUGCAACAGCCAUGGCUGUGACUCAGACGGUGAAGAAGCCCAGCAAGCCUGUUAAGAAGAACCAUGCUUGUGAGAUGUGUGGAAAAGCCUUCCGGGAUGUGUACCACCUAAACCGGCAUAAGCUAUCCCACUCAGAUGAAAAACCUUUUGAAUGUCCAAUUUGUAAUCAGCGCUUCAAGAGGAAGGACCGCAUGACCUAUCAUGUGAGGUCUCAUGAAGGUGGCAUCACCAAACCAUACACCUGUGGUGUUUGUGGAAAAGGCUUCUCGAGGUACCAUGUAGAAAAUCCCAGGCGAGCUCAAGUAUUGGCUUUUCGUAAUCAAGAAGGGUUAAACUAUCAUAGCAAGGGGCUAGGAGAACCAGACAUCUUAGAAGAUUGGCCUGAUCACUUAAGCUGUCAUGUCAAACACGUUCACUCGACAGAGAGACCCUUCAAAUGCCAAACAUGCACUGCUGCCUUUGCCACCAAAGACAGACUGCGGACACAUAUGGUGCGCCAUGAAGGAAAGGUAUCGUGUAAUAUCUGUGGUAAACUUCUGAGUGCAGCGUAUAUCACCAGCCACUUAAAGACACAUGGGCAGAGCCAAAGUAUCAACUGUAAUACCUGUAAACAAGGCAUCAGUAAAACAUGCAUGAGCGAGGAGACCAGCAACCAGAAGCAGCAGCAACAGCAGCAGCAACAACAACAACAACAUGUAACAAACUGGCCUGGAAAGCAGGUAGAGACACUGAGAUUAUGGGAAGAAGCGGUCAAAGCAAGGAAGAAAGAAUGUCAAUUCACCUUUGAGAAGGCUAUAGAGUACGUACCAUUCGAAGCUGCUAACUUGUGCCAAACCUCCACUGCUGCUACUACGCCUGUGACUCUUACUACUCCAUUCAAUAUAACGUCCUCUGUGGCUUCUGGGACUAUCACAAACCCAGUCACAGUGGCAGCUGCAAUGAGCAUGAGAAGUCCAGUAAAUGUAUCAAGUGCAGUUAAUAUAUCCAGUCCGAUGAACCUAGGGCAUCCUGUAACUAUAACAAGUCCAUUAUCCAUGACAUCUCCAUUAACGCUCACAACACCGGUCAAUUUACCUACCCCAGUAACUGCUCCAGUGAAUAUAGCGCAUCCAGUCACUAUAACAUCUCCUAUGAAUCUCCAAACACCAAUGACGUUAGCAGGUCCAUUAAAUAUAGCAAUGAGACCGGUAGAGAGCAUGCCUUUCCUGCCUCAAGCCUUGCCCACGUCUCCUCCUUGGUAAAGAAUCUGUAAACAGUAUUAAAGGGGAUUAAAACUGAAUCCUUACCAGCAGGUUUUUUAGUUGUUGUUGUUAAUAAUAAUAAUAAUAAUGUUAAUAAUGUAAUAAUAAAGUCAAACUAAAUAACUGGCUUAAUGUGCACCAGUUAAAGACCCUAAUAGCAUCUUUCCCUGUUGAUUUGGCUCAUCGUGUUCAAACUAGAGUUUGUAAUUUAUCACUUUGUUUAAAGCAAGUUUUACCGUUAGCUGACUAUGAUGAUGUUGAAAUAGGACAGGUGGUUACUUGCCACAGUUUAAAAACCAGUCAUUAAAAAUCAGCAUUACUGUUUUAUCCCAGAAAUUAUAAACUAGGAAAUGAUUUUAAUCCAAACACUAGCAAAGACCCCUCCAUAUGCUUGACAGGGUGGAUGGCUAAUUUUAACUUGCCAGUUCUAAAUCCACUGAUUCAGAGCUAGUGUAGUAUCUUUGUCUGUGUUAAUGUUUUUUUAUGAGUAAAUGCAUUACAAUGUUGUCAUUUUUAAUGCAUUUUGGAGAAAAUAUGCAUUUUACCUUUGGGAAUAUGGUAAUUUCAGGCAGCAUUCCCUAUGGGAAAGGUGAUACCAGCUCUGAUAUGCAAAGCAUAUGAUAACUUAUCAUUCUAACUUCAACAUAUAAUAGGGAUUGUGACCUGAUAUUUGGAGAUGUAAAUAUUACCCAAAAUAUUACCCUAAGGAAAUGUAGCAUUGUAGUCAACUUUUUUUUUUUUUUUUAAACUGUUAAUGUUUGGUAAGAAACAGCCAUGGCUGACAGAAGAGGAGUUGAAAUGUGUGUAAACAUGGUCUCUAAACAGUCAAAACCCUUGGGACUCUUAUCUAGGAGCAAAAGGAUGCUUUGAAUCUUAUAAAAUAUUGCUUUAAGCUGGAAGACUCUGGAAGCGCUGGGGUGUGAUGUAUAUGCCCUCUCUCUCCCAAUCAGAACCUGUUGAUGUUGCAGCAGGGGACAGACGUGUUAGUUGUUCACUAGAAGUUUUUGUCUUAUAUUAAAUUGUAUACAGUUUUUAUUCUAACCACUAACUAGGUAGGAUGACCCUUCAGGACAAGCCAAGAGCGUCUUUAAUUUCUCCCGUAUUUCUUAAUCAAGUGUUGUGCAGAUCUGUUCAACUUUGUAAAUAUUUUCAAACAUCAUCAUUUUUACUUUAUUCUUCUAUUGUGUUAACACAUUUCUAUCAAUUUGUGGUGUUUGUGGCAUGACAGUCUGAGCUGUCCAGCCCAGAAGUACUCCACAAAUGGUUACACAUGUUGAAACUACAUGUGCUUUUUAUUUCUUAGACUGUUUAUCUGUACAUAAAGUAGAAAGCAAAAUAUAGGGAAACAGAUAUACUUUUUAGACUAUCAUGUCACAUAUUCACAUUUUUAAAACUUUGUUUAAAAAAGACACCCUAAAACCAAGACUCUACGUUUAAAAAAAAAAAAAAAGAAAAAGAAAAAUGUAAAGAGUUGAGCUGUUUUUAUCUUAAUGAAGUUGAAAGCAAUGGAGAUUAGUGUGUACACAUCUUACAGAAUCCUAGCAGGAUUGACUAGUCAAAAUGGACUGCUUCCGUUGAUACCCUGCCAUGUCAGUACAAGCAGCAAAUACCAGAUUUCUAGGUCAGGUGACAGGUAUCUGUUUCAUUAUGCGAAAUCGUUCUAGGGGCUUGGACUACAUAGUAAAACAAAAAAAUAGAACUUAGUGUAAAAUAAUUUUAUAAAUGAUCUUUUGUACUUUAGGACAUCAAAUUGUACAACUUUUGUAUAUAUAAAAGCUUAGGAACUUUCUGUUUAGCAGAAAGGAAACACAUUCCUACACUUUUAAUGUAUAUGUUUGUUAUAAUGUCCAUGUAAACAUAUGCCCUAUGUUUGUGCCUUUUAAUUAGUUUGUCUCAAUAAACAAAAAUGUAGAGAAGAAUAUGUAGCUAUGACUUUGUUACCACUGUUUUUACUCCAACAGUACAAAGAUCUUUGUUUUCCACAGUAGAGCAUUGCAUGCAGACAGCUACAUGAGUUAAACUGAUGUGGCCAAAGUGAGGCAUGUAAUCAAAUGCAGCCCAGCAAAAUCUGUCACUGUCUCUCCUUAGCAGCCUAAUCGUGAUCAAGCAUUGCAUGCUGGGAUAUGUAGUCUCCAAGCCCUACACCUCUGUAUUACAGAUGAAAGUGAUAUCAACUUGCACCAUUUUUACAAACUAGGUACAGCCUUCUAGCACCUGGCAAGCUGCUACUGUGACUCUCAGUUGGGUGAAGUUUGGGAGUCCCUGAGCUUAAAAAAAAUAAAAGCAUUAAACAAUAUGGAAAUGUGUACUAGAAAUGGUUAUGAAUUAAUUAUAUAAUAAACAACUGUGAGACUUCA